AUGGGUGUCCCGUACGCUGAUCCUCUCUGGGUAUCAAGGGGCCAGAGUCCAUACUACCAAGACAAGCAUGUUGCUUUGAGGAAAAAAAUCAGGUCUUUUGUUGAUGAGAAUAUACUCCCGUGCUGUGAGGAAUGGGAGGCGAGUGGUUCAAUUCCUCAAGAGGUCAUCGCGAAAUUUGCAGAAAACGGGCUCAUGGCCGCCUCAAUAUUCCCUCUGCCAUCUGAGUAUAUGGAUGGUAUCCAGCUCCCUGGGGGAAUUAGCCCCUCAGAAUGGGAUGAAUUUUGCGAUCUAAUUGUGAUGGAUGAGAUUGCACGGUGCGGCUAUCUUGGAGUUAUAUUCGGGCUCGCGUGUGGAAACAUCAUCGGCCUGCCUCCUGUGAUUCGAUUCGGAACGCCCGAACAGAAGCGAAAGUUUAUUCCUGAUGUCUUGAAAGGAAAGACCAGGUUCUGUCUCGGGGUGACUGAGCCGGACGCUGGUUCCGAUGUCGCCGGCAUCACCACUACAGCUACUCGGCGAGGAAACAAAUACGUGAUCAACGGUGCGAAGAAAUGGAUUACAAAUGCCAUAUGGGCGGACUACUGCACCGCGGCUGUGAGGACCGGAGGUCCAGGACAAAAGGGAAUCUCUGCAAUCGUCAUUCCGCUGGCCUCCCCCGGGAUAACUCGCAAGAAGCUGUUCAACUCGGGAGUCUCUUCUAGUGGGUCGACUUACAUUGAAUUUGACAAUGUUGAAGUCCCAAUCGAGAAUCUGAUUGGAGAAGAGAACCAAGGUUUCCGAAUCAUCAUGUCAAGUAUAACUUCUCACACUAUUAUCCUGCAUGGGCAUUUCAACCACGAACGAAUCUGGCUAUCUUGCAUGGCUUUGCGUCUCGCAAGAGUAUGCGUUGAGGACUCCUUCAUUUACGCGUCAAGGCGCGAGACGUUUGGCAAGAAGCUUCUUUCGAACCAAAUUAUCAGGGCCAAAGUGGCAACUGUAGGGCGUGAGCUGGAGGCGGGCCAGGCGUAUCUUGAGCAAUUGGUCUAUAUGCUGGCCCAGUCUCUGAGAACAACCGGAGUAGAACCUACGGGCAUUGGCGGCCUCCUGGCAAGCUCAAAAGUGCUUUCGUGCAGAGUACUAGAGCACGCUGUUCGCGAAGCCCAGCAGAUAAUGGGAGGUGUCGGUUACUCUAGGGGCGGUAGGGGUGGACGGGUUGAGCAAAUCAGCCGCGAUGUUCGUGUCAUGGUAGUUGGCGGUGGGAGCGAAGAGAUUUUGACGGAGCUUUCUCUAAACCAGGAAAUGAAAGCUUUGGGUAGUAAGCUGUAA